AAAAAAAAAGCAGCUGCAGGAAAAAUAAAAAAAUAACAAAAACAAAAUGCAGCUUGUGCCGUUUUUCCUUUGCAAAAUCAGGAAUAAGUUGGAGUCGCACUGAACGAGUGAACUACCCGGAAAACGAAAAGCUUGCUGCGAAACGCUGUUGGAUUUGGUGGUCGUAGUUAGGAAGGUCGCCGGAAACAUCAACAAAAUCCAGGACAAAGUUUUUCACCUUUACUACAUGCCAUGGGAACCAGAGGAGUAAUUACAGACAAAUGGUCAAUGAGAGUUCUUUGGGCUUGUGCUAUUGGAAGUGCAGUUAGUCUGUAUAUGGUUGCUGUAGAAAGACAAAAGCAGAAUAGGCAGAAGAUGAUAGCUCAAGGCUUGAUGGAAAUGGAGUCAGGGGAAAGCAAUGGUGGUGACAUUUAAGCUGUGUCACACUACGAUGAUCUUAUGAAUAUUCUGUAGUAUCAUGUAGCAGAUUUUCAGGAUCUUUUGAAAAGUGGUUUCGAGAUACUCUCUUUCUAGUAGUUUUUCAUUUCAAAAUGUGUUAUGGAAAAGGACUGAAAUAAGCUUUUCAUUGAAAUAGAAAAACAAAGAGCAUGACCACUUUUUUAACAGUUUAGCGAAUAAACUUGUUUGGGUCCUUUGGGAAGAUAUUAACUGAAUAUAGUCUUCCGUGUUGUUGUUAGUAUCAUGACAGGCCUGUGCUGCCCGACUCGUAUGGAGUAUUGCAUGUCCCAUGAAACGUUGAAUACUAAUUUUAACACUUUUUUAUUGAUUGAAAUUCAAAUAAAUUUUAUGAAA